ACUGAGGCCCCUCAGGAGCAGCAGUAUGGUCCGACUGGUGUGCCGGUCUUGAUGUUUAGCAUGUGAGACUCUUUCCCAACACCGGCUUGUUUAUGCAGCAUGAAGCUGUUUUGACCUAGGAUGAAACUCGGGACAGAUGCGGACAGACGUGACUUUGGGUUCCUUUGCGUUUAGGUAUUAGAGAGGCAGGUUUGUGUACAGCAGAACUCUCCGUAUUUGCGAGGUUGUACUCCUGGACCACCGGCAAACGGCAAAAAAAAACGCUCGAGGCACAAGCAGGAGGACAACGCAGUUGAGUACCAAAGUGAAGUUUGCAGGGACUCGUCAGAUGGAGCACCUCUCUUUCCCGCCGCUGACCCGCUUCGCCGUGUGCGGCGGCACCCACGGCAACGAGAUGACGGGGGUGCACGUGGUGCGACAAAUGGAGAAAAAUAAGGUCGAUAAAGUCGGGCAUGCGUCUGUAAUGGCGGUGCUUUCGAAUCCUGACGCUGUGAAAGAAUGUAGACGGUACAUAGAAAAAGAUCUCAAUCGUUGCUUCACAUAUGCUAUGCUGAGUGCACCCUUAGGGCCCUCAUCGACUCACGAGAUGAAGCGAGCUCACGAGCUGAACGCUCUGCUGGGGCCCAAAGGGAGCCCAGAAGCCGUGGACUUGAUAUGUGAUCUCCACAACACCACCUCCAACAUGGGCCCCUGCUUCAUUUUGUACAACCACGACUGGAUCGUCAUGCACAUUUGUAAAUAUGUUCAGAGUAUAGCCUUGCAUUGGCCCGUGGCAAUAAUCCAGUUGGAUGCAGAUGAAUCUGAGACCUACUCACUUGAUACUGUAGGCAAACAUGGCUUCUCGUUAGAAGUCGGCCCUCAACCCACUGGCGUAGUCAGAGCUGACAUCUACAACAUGGUGAAGGAAAUAUUGGAACUCAUCUUUGAAUGGCUACAAAAGUUCAAUUCAGGAUGUAUUUUUGAGGGCGGACAGUUGGAGGUAUUCAACUGGACCAAGACCAUCGACUACCCGAGAGAUCCCACCACUAACGAGAUCACAGCUGCUAUUCAUCCCCAGUUACAAGACAACGACUUCAAACUCCUUCGUCCUGGGGAUCCCAUUUUCCUGUCGUUUACCGGGGAGACCAUCACGCACCAGGGAGAGGCGGCCUACCCGUUUUUUGUGAAUGAAUGUGCCUACUACGAGAAGAAGAUUGCCUUCCACUUAGCUAAGAAGAUCAGCGUCCGCAUCCCGUCCAUCAGUAUGGAGAAAAGCAUAAGCAUCAAUAAAAAAAACAACAUUUGAAAUUGUUUUAAUGUA